AGUGAAAGUGAAAGUGUUCAGACUCGUUCUAACUUCAAGCAGCAGACGGAGGAGACGUGAAGUCUGAGGCUGACUGAAGAUGAGUGGUUAUGAAGAGGAAGAGGACAGAGCAGAGUCUCCAGGGUCCAGCUGUCUGUCUCUGAAGAGUGACCGGUCCAUGAGUCUUCCUCCAGCCUUCAGUAAUGAACCUGGACCCUCACACACAGAGGAGAGGAAGAGGAGUCAUGUUUCUGAGGAGGAGCAGUCGUUCUGCUGUGCUUUGUGUCAGGGCCGCCUGAAGGAUCCAGUCUCCACCAGCUGUGGACACUGGUUCUGCAGACAGUGCAUCACCUCAUACUGGGACCAGUCUGGUUCUUCAGGAGACUCCUCCUGUCCCCAGUGUGGAAAAAGAUCCAGAACAGGAGCUGGAGCAGAUCGUGGUCUGCAGGAGGUUUCAGAUGAACAUAAGCUCAGUGUGAGGAGGAGAUGUGAACAUGUGACUGAAGGAAGUGAUGAAACAGGAAGUAGAACCCUCCUCAACAGGAUCUACACUGAGCUCCACAUCACAGAGGGACAGAGUGAAGAGGUUAAUACUCAACAUGAGGUGAGGCAGCUUGAGACGGCUUCCAAGAAGAAGAUCCUCCAGGACACUCCCAUCAAGGUCCACGACAUCUUUAAAGCCUCCACUGACCAGCAGAGCAGCAUCAGAGUCGUCCUGACCAACGGCGUCGCUGGAGUUGGAAAAACCUUCUCGGUGCAGAAGUUCACUCUGGACUGGGCAGAGGGUUUAGAGAACCAGGAUGUGGGUCUGCUGGCUGUGCUUUCGUUCAGGGAGCUGAACCUGGUGAAGGACCAGCAGCACAGUCUUCUCACGCUGCUCCAUGUUUUCCAUCCAGCGUUACAGAAGCUCACGGCAGAGACGCUCGCUGUCUGUAAACCUUUGUUCAUCUUUGACGGCCUGGAUGAAAGCAGACCUUCUCUGGACUUCAGCCACAGGGAGCUUGUGUCUGAGGUCACACAGAGGUCAUCAGUCAACGUGCUGCUGACAAACCUCAUCCGGGGGAAUCUGCUUCCCUCGGCUCUCGUCUGGAUAACCUCCAGACCUGCGGCAGCCAAUCAGAUCCCUCCUUCAUGUGUUGACAGGGUCACAGAAGUACGAGGCUUCACUGAGGCCCAGAAGGAGGAGUACUUCAGGAGGAGAUUCAGUGAUGAAGAGCUGUGCAGCAGAAUCAUCUCACACAUCAAGAUGUCCAGGAGCCUCCACAUCAUGUGUCAAAUCCCAGUCUUCUGCUGGAUCAGUGCUACAGUUCUGGAGCACAUGUUGACCACAGACCAGAGAGGAGAGCUGCCCAAGACCCUGACUGACCUGUACUCACACUUCCUGAUGGUUCAGACAAAGAGGAAGAACAACAAGUACGGUGAGGGACAUGAGACGAGUCCACAGCAGCUGACGCAGGCUGACAGGAACGUUCUCCUGAAGCUGGGGAGGCUGGCACUUAAACAUCUGGAGGAAGGAAACAUCAUGUUCUACCAAGAAGACCUGGAGCGGUGUGGUAUUAAUGUCACAGAGGCCUUGGUGUACUCAGGAGUUUGUACUGAGAUCUUCAGAAGAGAGUGUGUGAUCUUCCAGAAAUCAGUCUACUGCUUUGUUCAUCUGAGCGUUCAGGAGUUUCUGGCUGCAGUCUACAUGUUCCACUGUUACACUGAGAGGAACACAGAAGAACUCAACAACUUCUUGAGAACAUGUUGGGACACAGACAGAACCUUCUCCCUGGAUGACCUCCUGAAGAGAACCAUGGAGAAAUCCCUCACCAGUAGAAAUGGUCAUCUGGACUUGUUUGUUCGCUUCCUUCACGGCCUCAGUCUGGAGUCCAACCAGAGAGUCUUAGGAGGCCUGCUAGAUCGGACAGAGAACAAUCCAGAGUUCACCCAGAGAAUCAUCAACAACCUGAAGGAGAUGAAGAGUGGUUACUUUUCUCCUGACAGAAGCAUCAACAUCUUCCACUGUCUGACUGAGAUGAACGACCACUCAGUUCAUCAGCAGAUGAAACGGUUCCUGACGUCAGAGAACAAAUCAGAGGAGAAACUCUCUGAGAUCCACUGCUCAGCUCUGGCCUACAUGCUGCAGAUGUCAGAGGAGGUUCUGGAUGAGUUGGCCAUGUCGAAGUUCAACACAUCAGACCAGGGUCAACUGAGACUGAUCCCAGCUGUGAGGAACUGCAGGAAGGCUCGACUCUGUGGUUGUGGAUUCUCAGAGACUCACUGUGAAGUCGUGGCCUCAGCUCUGAAGUCAGACCCCUCACAUCUGAGAGAACUGGAUCUGAGUGGAAACUACCUGCAGGAAUCAGUAGUGAAGCUGCUGUGUUCUGGACUGGAGAGUCCAAACUGUCGACUGGAGACUCUGAGGUUGAAGGACUGCAGUCUGUCAGAGAUCAGCUGUUCUUCUCUGGCUCCAGCUCUGAGGUCAAACCCCUCUCAUCUGAGAGAACUGGAUCUGAGCUACAACAACCUGCAGGACUCAGGAGUGAAGGAGCUGUGUGGUUUUCUACAGAGUCCAACCUGUCGACUGGAGACUCUGAGGUUGGAGACCUGCAGACUAUCAGAGAUCAGCUGUUCUUCUCUGGCUUCAGCUCUGAGGUCAAACCCCUCACAUCCGAGAGAACUGGAUCUGAGGGGAAACUACCUGCUGGCCUCAGCAGUGAAGGAGCUGAUUGAUCUAAAGCAGAGUUCAACCUGUCGACUGGAGACUCUGAGGUGGAGGGAGGAAUCUUAGUGAAGGUGAGUGUGAAGAGGACAGUGUGUGUGGACGGAGGCUGAGUUGUGUCCUGAGGAUCCAGAGGCUGAAGCAGCAGCAGCUUGUGUGUAGUCUCCAAUCUACACAACCCCUAAUCUGCAUGUGUUUUUGAGAUGAAGCCGGAGCACCUGGAGAAAACACGGAGAGAACAUGCAGACUCCACACAGGAAGACCCACUCUGAACCGGAUUCAAACCAGCAACCUUCUUGCUCCGAUUGUGUUUAUUCACAUGAAGAAUGUGUUUAUUGAAAUGACACAACACAAGCAGAAUAUAUAAACCCUCUAUAAAGAGUCUCAUACAGUGUGUUUAAGUUUGUCUUUAUUAUUGUCCACCUUUGUCCCUCAGUAUGUCUCCAUGUGUGUAGAACCACAUUCUGUGUAUAUGUUUGUUUAUGAUCUUAAAGUUCCUGGAUUCACGUCACAAAUUGAUUUAGUUCAACACAAAGUUCAACACAUUGAAAUCACUUUGAGUUUAAAAUCAGAGUUUUGUCUUUGACACAAAAGAUCAAAACUCUGGACUUAAAAAUGGGACGUUUUCAUUUCUGCAUCAGGUGCAAAGCGGUGGUGGCUUUUCUACUUUUGACCCACAGGUGGCGCUGCAGUAUAAUAGCAGCACAUCCCAGUCAAAGCCUUUAUAUUCAGUUUAUGAGUCAAACACAUGGAUCAUUUCCUCUGUGACAAACCAGAUUUAACGAGAAGAAAAACAUCUCAGAGAGAAAAGUUCUGUUUCUACUUGUCUCUGCUUUAAUGCUCAAUAAACAUCCUUCCACCGAC